UGGUGGACCAAGUCUGCGCCGCCCAAUGUAGUGCACAUCAAGUCUGUGCAGCACUUGGUGGACGAAAUGGUGAGGGCUGAGAGGCUGGCGGGCGCUGGCGAGCGGCUGGUGAUCAUGGAUGUGUUUGCGCCCUGGUGCGCCGCCUGCAAGGCGCUGUACCCCAAGCUGAUGAAGCUGAUGGAGGAGCGCCCCGAUGUGCUGCUGCUGACGGUAAACUUUGAUGAGAACAAGACGGUGGUGAAGGCCAUGGGGGUCAAGGUCCUGCCGUACUUCAUGUUCUAUCGCGGCAAGGAGGGCAAGCUGCAGGAGUUCUCGGCCAGCAACAAGCGAUUCCACCUCAUCCAGGAAGCCAUUGAGCGGCACAGCACCGAUCGCUGCUUCCUGGAUAGCACCGACGAGGAGCCUGUGCUUGCAGAGUUCCCCACUGUCGUCCCCGCCAAGGGCAUCAGCGGCAGCUUGGAUGAGCCGGCCGGCCGUGCGGCCGGCAAGGCGGUGGGCCAGCCGCAGCCCGUGGCCUGA